CACACACACACACACACACACACACACACACACAUACACACACACAUCGUCGUUGGCCACCAGGAGCACCUCAGGGUUCAGUAUCUGUGCCAAGGAUACAUCCACAUGUUGACUGCAGGGCUGGGAUCGAACCAGCAAAGAUGAACGCACUCCCUCGCAGCCACAGUCGCCCGUGAAAGAACCGUUGUGCCUCACAAAGAAAAGCUGUUGCUCUAUAAGCUCCUGUUUUUGAAGUUACUUAAACUCAGAAAUCCUGUUUGUGGAUCAUCUGUUUCUAUAUGUUUACUGAUGUGAGAUGCAGUUUGGAUUAUGUUUCAGGAAUAUUUGAAAGCAAGUUGGUUUUGGGGUGAUGAUGGGGCACAGGUGAACUAAUUAGGGAUGUUUACAGGAAGUGGUGACACUGAAAUGAGAGGACCUAAAAACCUGGGUUAUGGUCCAACAGUCAGUUUAUCUCAGGAAGGUUCCUAACAGAGCGAGAUGACCCUGAAGAACCUCAAUGGCAACCAUGAUGAGAGUUGUUCUCAUUCUCUAGAUGAUAAGAGAGGAGCUUUCCUCAGUCCUUUUGAAUUCUCCUAUCCACUAUUCCUUUACCUUUUGACUUAGAGGUCAAGGAACAGUGGAUAAGAAUAGACGACAGGAGCUGAUUUUUGCACAAUUUGACCGUACCCCAUGGCUUUGCUAAGAUGCUAGCUUCAGGGGUCGGCUACAUAAACAUCCAUUACUUUAAAUACUAAAGAGAAAGCAUGCCGACGGUGAAGAGCAAGAAGAAGAAGUCGAAGAAAGAGGCGACAGACGGAGAGGAGGGAGGAGGCGGUGUGGAGGGGGAGGUGGAGGAGGUGACCAGCAGGAGGCGCUCUGACAGCAGAGACCCUCUGACCCCCGAGCCCCUGGAUCCCGCGCCGCAGAAGAAGAAGAAGAAGAAGAGGGCGCCGACCAUAGAUCUGGAGGCGGAGCAUCCUGACGUCCCAAACGGAGACAUGGAGCUGGAGUGGGAGGAAACUGCUCCUGUUACCCGGAAAACCAAGAGGAAGAAGAAGGCGAAAGCGACAGAGCAAUACUGCAACGAUCUGGACGCCGAAGAUGAUGACAUUAUCGCGGACGCUCCGUCCCCGAUCCCCCAGCACUCCCUGUUCUCUGCCCCCCACGGACACAGCCAGCCGGUGGGGAAAGUCUUUGUGGAGAGGAACCGGCGUUUCCAGGCAGAGCGUGUCGAGCAGCUCCGACACUCAGAGGAUGAUUACAUGGACCCUCGUCAGAUCUGGACCACCCGAGACAUUGCCUUGAGGGUCCACAGCAGUUUCAGGGUUCUGGGUCUGUUCUCUCAUGGGUUCCUGGCGGGGUACGCGGUGUGGAACAUCAUUGUGGUGUACGUUCUGGCGGGGGAACAGAUGACCACCCUGCAGAACCUCCUGCAGCAGUAUCACUUGUUGGCUUACCCGGCACAGAGCCUGCUGUACCUGCUGCUGGCCGUGAGCACCGUGUCCGCAUUCGACAGGGUGAACCUGGCUAAAGCCUCCAUGGCUCUCAGAGGGUUCCUCACUCUGGACCCUGCGGCUCUCGCCUCCUUCUUAUAUUUCAUCGCCCUGAUCCUGUCCCUCAGUCAGCAGAUGACCAGUGACCGCAUCAACCUUUAUCCCACCGCCAACGAGACGCUGUGGCCUCCAGGCUCGGAGCAGCAGAUCCUUCGGCCCUGGAUGGUGGUGAACCUGGUGGUGGCCAUGUUGGUAGGCUUAGCCUGGGCAGUGGUCUCCACCCGGCCCGACAUCGACUACACAGAGGAGUUUUUGAUGACGAUGGAGGUGGAGGGAUACCCGAGAGGAGAGGACAACCUCGACAUACCUGCCUGAACACCUAUCCGUCUCAACUUCAGUUCUCUUGUUUAUUUAUUGAAUUAUUUUUUAUACAGAUUGUUAUUUAGCUCGGUUUUCCUGAGUGUGAUUUCGUAAAUAAAGAAUUACACCAUAU